UCCGCCCAAACUGGGGGCGCUGCUGGUUCGUAUAUCUGUUUUGCGAUGCCUGUUGGUGAAGUGCUGGAGUUGAGGCGGUGAUUUUAAGUUGCAGUGAAGUGUGUUAGUGUUUCAGGCGGAGACUGAGCCAGAUCAAGAGACUUCAUCUGUGUCGAAGCAAAUGUUCCAGAGGAAAAACUAUGUCCCAGAAGAAGUAUAAAGAUGAUAAAGCCCAUGUUUCCAGCUCCUUUGAGUCGGAGGACAUCAGUUUAGAAACAACGGUGCCUACAGAUGAUGUUUCUUCAUCAGAAGAGAGAGAAACUUCCACUAAAGUCACCAAACAGUUAAUUGAGAGGAAGGAACUUCUUCACAACUUGCAGCUCCUAAAAAUUGAGUUAUCACAGAAAAACCUGAUAAUUGACAACCUGAAGGUUGAAUACCUCACAAAAAUAGAAGAUUUGGAGGAAAGGCUAAAUGAUUCCCUUCACCAGAAGCAGUUGCUCCAGGUCCGUUUGGAGAACCAGCUGAAAGUUCAGCAGGAUGAAUCAAGAAGACGUCAAGAUCUACGGAAACAAGAAAUGGAAGCUAUUUUAGAGAGACAGAAACAACUUGAAGAGACAAAUCAGCAGCUGCAAGAACGAGCAGGUGACAUCCGUCGCAGCUUGCGCGAUCUGGAAUUGACUGAAAAGCAGUACUCCGAGUUGAAAAUUAGACCUGAAGACCAGCUUUCCAUUCCAGAAUAUGUAGCUUUACGGUUUUAUGAGGUCAUGCAACCUUUGAAAGAAGAGAUUGAGCAACUCCGACAAAAGAAAACCAGUCUUUGGGAGGAGAACAGUAGCCAUAAAAAUCAACUGAAUAGUAUGGUUGAGAGCUAUGAAUCUGAAAGACGAACUCGCUCUGAUCUUGAAGUCCGUUGUCAGCGCCUUACAUUGGAGCUAGCAGACACUAAGCAACUUAUUCAACAGGCUGACUAUAAAAGAGAGAAUUAUGAUCGGGUGAAGCAUGAGAGAGAUUCUCUGGAUCGGGAAGCAUCAGAACUCAGAAAAAAACUAGAAUUACUUGAAGUCUCACAUAAAACACAAACCAAGGAGAGAAAUGACUUGACCAAAGAGGUGGCAGCAUUGCAGCAAUCUGUUAGUUUACUGCAAAAGGAUAAGGAAUAUUUGAAUCGCCAAAAUAUGGAACUGAAUGUUCGCUGCGCCCAUGAAGAAGACCGUUUAGAACGCCUUCAAACUCACCUUGAGGAGGCAAAACGAGCUAGGGAAGAAAUGUAUGAAAAAUAUGUGAUUUCAAGGGACCACUAUAAAAAUGAAUAUGAAGAAAAGCUUCGCCAUGAACUGGAGCAGCUCCGAGUAAAAACAGACCUGGAAAUUGAACAUCUUCGAAGUGGCUCCAAAGAAAUGUAUGAGAGGGAAAACAGGAAUUUAAGGGAAGCAAGAGACAAUGCAGUUGCAGAAAAGGACCGAGCUGUUGAAGCAGAAAAGGAUGCGCAAGCAAAAUGUGACCAACUUUUAGAACAGUUUAGGCAAAUGCAAGUCAACACAGACAGCCGCAUAUCUGAACUCAUGAAUCAGACAAAGCUAAAAACAUUUGAGGCAGAGCGAUCUCAGUUGGUGCAAGAGGAAACUGCCAAGAAUCUCAAACAAUGCCAGGUGGAAUGUGAUAAGUACCAAAAGAAACUUGAGGUUUUAACAAAAGAAUUUUACAAACUGCAGUCAUCAGCAGAUAAACAAACCACAGAACUUCAGGCACAAAACUCGGAGCUUCAAGCGCGAUUAGUGACCUAUGAGAAACUAGAACAAGAGCUGGAUGGUGUUAUAAUGCAGUCAGCAGAAAUGGAAAAUGAGGAUGAUGCAGAACGGGUUCUUUUCUCUUAUGGCUAUGGUGCUAAUGUUCCCACAACAGCAAAACGACGCCUUAAGCAGAGUGUUCAUCUUGCAAGAAGGUUGUUACAGUUGGAAAAGCAAAAUUCACUCCUUCGAAGAGAUUUAGAUUGUCAGAAGGUCCAUGCUGAUGAAUUAAGACAAGAGCUUGCAAAUGCCAAUGCCUUACUUAAUCAAGCACAGCAACCUUACAGCUAUCUUAUUGAGACAGUACGCCAGAGAGACGCUCAGAUUCAGACGUACAAAGAAAAGCUUUCACAACUGGAGAAUGAAAUCUGUCAAUCAAAUAAAGAAAAAGCUGCUUUACUUCGCAUGAAAAACCAAAUGGCAGCAGAUCUAGAGAAACUCUUGAAUCAGAGAGAGGAAUUGGCAGUAAUGAAGCAAGUUCUGAUAAAUUUGCAUAACAGGCAGCAUGGUGAUGGCUUACCAGUUUCUCGUGAUGAAGUCAAAAGUAAUCCUAUUGCCCAAGCAACAAAAUUGCCUCUGAGCUUGCCCCCACAUGAGGAUGAAAAUGUCUACAAACCAAAACCAACUAUUUUUACAAACAGAGUGUGUCCUGCUUGGUACAAAAAAUUGAAGCAGAAGAAUGCUUGAUAUUUUUGAAGCAUGUUUAAAGGACCUUCCUAGAUUUUGUAAUUCCUCAUGCUGUUCAUUUUCAUUGACCUGAUCUCACACCUGAAAUUGCAGUUUUUCCAAUUCAACACCUGCGAUUCUACUUAUAAACCCAUUGUUGGUGAACCACUUGGAAUGCAUUUCCACUGCACCUGUUGGUGUAAACCUUAAAUGCUGUAUUGAUAUUAUAAAUGCAUUUUGAAUCUGCAGUCCAGUCCUGACCUGGAACCAGUACAAAACAGAGUGAGCCUCCCGGAGUCAGGGAUUUUCCUGCACCUCAUAGUUAGUCCAAGGCUUAAAACCCAGUUUGCACUGCACAAGAUUAGUACCAGUGUAAUGUUUAACUCCUUUGCAGUAAUACUAAACUUACAGUGUAAAUACAUCUUAUCAUACAACUGAAAUGAAAGGUAGGUUUACAUAGAUGUCAGUGUUAUCGAUGUACAGUAAUUUGUUUUAUUGCUUUAAUGGGUAACCGUGUUAUACUGUGAUAUUGUACU